UCUCCUCCUCUCCAGAAUCAUCUCCUCCUCUCCAGAAUCAUCUCCUCCUCUCUAGAAUCAUCUCCUCCUCUCCAGAAUCAUCUCCUCAUCUCCAGAAUCAUCUCCUCCUCUCCAGAGUACCUGGUCUACUAACGUGAUCCAUCACAACCCAACCACCACCCAGCAGGUCCAUUCAGAGUGCCAUCACACUGCUGAGGAGACAGUACCACCAACUGUCUGAAUUAAAGAUGAAACGCCCUGUUCUGAUCUGAUCUGGACGUUACUCUGAAACACCCUGUUCUGAUCUGAUCUGGACGUUACUCUGAAAAACUCUGAUCUGAUUUAUUCUGGACGUUACUCUGAAACACCCUGAUCUGAUCUGCUGUUGGACGUUGCUCUGACACUGUCUGUGGUCUCCAUGAUGAAUGAUGGCUCAGCUCUCCCGUCCAACCACACAGACUGCCAGGUGGUGAAGGUCCCCCACCUGGUGUUCUUUGUGUUGGGUAUGGUGUCUCUCGGUGAGAACCUAUUGGUGGUGUUGGCCGUGGUGCGCAACAAGAACCUCCACUCCCCGAUGUACAUGUUUAUCUGUAGCCUGGCCACGUUCAACACCGUCUCCUCCCUCUGCAAGACCUGGGAGACCCUGAUGAUGGUGUUCAGCGACGUCGGCCAACUGGACUCCCGAGGGGACUCCGUCCGGAGGGUCGACGACGUCAUAGACGCGCUGCUCUGCAUGUCCUUUAUUGGUUGUAUCUGUAGCUUCCUGGCCAUCGCUGUGGACCGCUACGUCACCAUCUUCCACGCGCUGCGCUACCACAACAUCAUGACCAUGAGGCGAGCCGUCGCCGCCCUGGCGGGGAUCUGGGCGCUUUGCGGCGUCGCCGGGGCGGUCAUGGUGGCGUUCUGCGACGCCGCGGUCAUCAAGAUCUUUUUCAUCGUGCUCUUCCUCGUCUCGCUGCUCCUCAUCCUCUUCCUCUACGUCCACAUGUUCCUGUUGGCUCGGUCCCACGCCAGGAAGAUUGCAGCGCUGCCCGGGAGUGCCACGCCUCACCGCAGCCUCCGGGGGGCUCUCACGCUCACCAUGCUGUUCGGUGUGUUCGUGGUGUGCUGGGCACCUUUCUUCCUCCAUCUCCUCCUCCUCAUGGUGUGCGUAGAGAACCCUUACUGUGAGUGCUACCGUUCUCUGUUCCAGCUGAAUUUGGUUCUGCUGAUGAGUCACGCCGCCGUAGACCCGGCCAUCUACGCCUUCCGCAGCGCAGAGCUACGACACACCUUCAGGAAGAUGCUGCUCUGCUCAGACUCACCGUUCUGCUACAAGGUCAAAGCUCUGUUCCAAUGAAGGGCUUUGGCUGGACCCUAAUUCCCUAGAUAAUGCACAACUUUCCACCAGUGUGUGGGCCUUGGUUAAAGGUAGGGCACUAUAUGGGGUAUAGGGCCUUGGUUAAAGGUAGGGCACUAUAUGGGGAAUAGGGCCUUGGUUAAAGGUAGGGCACUAUAUGGGGUAUAGGGCCUUGGUUAAAGGUAGGGCACUAUAUGGGGAAUAGGGCCUUGGUUAAAGGUAGGGCACUAUAUGGGGA